AUGAAAUCCAACCAAGAGCGCAGUAACGAAUGCCUGCCUCCCAAGAAGCGCGAGAUCCCCGCCACCAGCCGGCCCUCGGAGGACAAGGCCACGGCUGUGCCCAGCGACAACCACCGCGCGGAGGGCGUGGCAUGGCUCCCGGGCCAUGCGAGCGGCCGGGGCCACGCGGGCGGGCGGCUAGGGCCGGCGGGGCCCCCGGCAGAGCUCGGUUUACAGCAGGGAAUAGGUUUACACAAAGCGCUGUCCGCGGGGCUGGACUACUCCCCGCCCAGCGCGCCCCGGUCCGUCCCGGCGACCACGACGAUGCCCGCGUACCCGCCCCCGCAGUCCGGGGCCCCGGUGUCGCCCGUGCAGUACGCCCACCUGCCGCAUACCUUACAGUUCAUCGGCUCUUCCCAGUACGGCGGGCCCUACGCCGGCUUCAUCCCUUCUCAGCUGAUCUCCCCCACGGCCAGCCCCGUCACCAGUGCGGUGGCCUCGGCCGCGGGGGCCGCCACUCCAUCCCAGCGCUCCCAGCUGGAGGCCUAUUCUACCCUGCUGGCCAACAUGGGCGGUCUGAGCCAAGCCUCGGGACACAAGGCUGAGCAGCAGCAGCACUUGGGCAGGACCGCGGGGCUCCUGCCCCCCGGGUCCCCACCACCCACCCAGCAGAACCAGUACAUGCACAUCUCCAGCUCUCCGCAGAGCGCCGCGCGCCCGGCCUCCCCGCCGGCCAUCCCCGUCCACCUGCACCCGCACCAGACGAUGAUCCCGCACACGCUCACCCUGGGGCCCUCCCCUCAGGUCGUCGUGCAGUACACCGACUCCGGCAGCCACUUUGUCACCCGCGAGGCCACCAAGAAAGCCGAGAGCAGCCGGCUGCAGCAGGGCGUGCAGGCCAAGGAGAUCCUGAACGGGGAGAUGGAGAAGGGCCGCAGGUACGGGGCGCCCACCGCGGCCGACCUGGGCCUGGUGAAGGCGGGCGGCAAGGCCGUUCCCCACCCGUACGAGUCCAGGCACGUGGUGGUCCACCCCAGCCCUGCCGACUACGGCAGCCGCGAUUCCUCCGGGGUGCGGGCCUCUGUGAUGGUCCUGCCCAACAGUAGCACCCCUGCCGCCGACCUGGAGGUGCAGCAGGUCACCCACCGAGAGGCCUCCCCUUCCGCCCUCAGCGACAAAAGCGGCCUGCACCUAGGGAAGCCCGGGCACCGAUCCUAUGCGCUGUCUCCCCAGCAGGCCCUGGGCCCCGAAGGCGUGAAGGCUGCUGCCGUCGCCACGCUGUCCCCCCACACGGUCAUUCAGACCACACACAGUGCUUCGGAGCCCCUCCCGGUUGGACUGCCGGCCACAGCCUUCUACGCAGGGACUCAGCCGCCCGUCAUCGGCUACCUGAGCAGCCAGCAGCAAGCGAUCACCUACGCCGGCGGCCUGCCCCCGCACCUGGUCCUCCCCGGCACCCAGCCCCUGCUCAUCCCUGUGGGCAGUGCUGACAUGGAGGGGUCGGGUGCGGCCUCGGCCAUCGUCACGUCGUCGCCCCAGUUUGCUGCAGUGCCUCACACGUUCGUCACCACCGCCCUUCCCAAGAGCGAGAACUUCAGCCCCGAGGCCCUGGUCACGCAGGCCGCCUACCCAGCCAUGGUGCAGGCGCAGAUCCACCUGCCCGUGGUGCAGUCGGUGGCGUCCCCUGCAGCCGCGCCCCCUACGCUGCCUCCUUACUUCAUGAAAGGCUCCAUCAUCCAACUGGCCAACGGGGAGCUGAAGAAGGUGGAGGACUUAAAAACGGAAGACUUCAUCCAGAGUGCAGAGAUCAGCAACGACCUGAAGAUCGACUCCAGCACUGUGGAGAGGAUCGAGGACAGCCACAGCCCGGGCGUCGCCGUCAUACAGUUCGCUGUCGGGGAUCACCGAGCACAGGUCAGCGUGGAAGUUUUGGUAGAGUAUCCUUUUUUUGUGUUUGGACAGGGCUGGUCAUCCUGUUGCCCGGAGAGAACCAGCCAGCUCUUUGAUUUGCCGUGUUCUAAACUCUCCGUUGGGGAUGUCUGUAUCUCGCUCACCCUCAAGAACCUGAAGAAUGGCUCUGUUAAAAAGGGCCAGGCCGUGGAUCCCGCCAGUGUCCUGCUGAAGCACUCAAAGACCGACGGCCUCGCGGGCAGUAGACACAGGUACGCCGAGCAGGAAAACGGGAUCAAUCAGGGAAGUGCCCAGAUGCUCUCUGAGAAUGGCGAACUGAAGUUUCCAGAAAAAAUUGGAUUGCCUGCCGUGCCCUUGCUCACCAAAAUAGAACCCAGCAAGCCCGCGGCCACGAGGAAGAGGAGGUGGUCGGCGCCGGAGAGCCGCAAACUGGAGAAGUCGGAAGACGAGCCACCUUUGACUCUUCCUAAGCCUUCUCUCAUUUCUCAGGAGGUUAAGAUUUGCAUUGAAGGCCGCUCUAAUGUAGGCAAGUAG